AAGCACUUUGGGGAUUUUCCUGUCUGAAAAGCUGAACUGGCCAUUUCAUGAAGGAGACAGCUUUCAUCCGAAAGAGAACAUUGAGAAGAUGGCUCGUGGUGAACCACUCACAGACCAGGACAGAAUUCCGUGGCUUCUCAAACUUCAUGAAGUCAUCCAGAGGGAAAAGUGUUCGGGCUGCGAUGCUCUUGUGGCAUGUUCUGCUCUGAAGCGUCAGUACAGGCAGAUCCUCCUUCACGGCUCCAGGGCCCUGUCUGCCUCUUCGCCCGAGUCCCAGUGGGACGUCUCAUCAUCUUCAUCUGAUGUCUUUUUUAUCUAUCUACACGGCGAAUACGACUUCAUUUACCAGCGGCUGGCGACCCGUAAAGGUCACUACAUGAGGGCCGACCUGCUCCGUUCCCAGUUCGAUGCUUUAGAGCCCCCCUUCAAUGAGGAGAAUGUUCUCACUCUGGACAUCAGGAAGGGUGUUAGUGAAAUGGCUGUAGAGGUUGAAAAGCACAUCAUCAGUGUGAAGCCCUCAGCAGGACAACUGUGAUCCUGCAGGAUCCUGUGGAUCGUAGCUGAAUCAAACACCUGAAUCCUGAGGACAUUCCCAUCUUCUUCUGUUGGGAUUUUGCCUUGUAGGAGUAGCUUUAAUUAGCAUGUUGUUGAAACCACUUGAACACAAUGAAUACAGUUCAUUACGUACUGAUAUUUAUCAUUUUUGCACAUACAGAGUUCCUCAUUGGAACAUCAAGGAGUGGAUCUACUUUGUUUGAAUGAAAGUGAGAAAUACAUUCCUGUUUUAUUUGGGAUGCAAAUCCACAGAGAACCUCGUCCUUCUGAGGAUUUUAUUUUGUUGCCUCACAGGAGCCUAAAGCAGUCUACAUAAUCUACUUAAACUUUGGGUUUUAAAACUAUUCAGUCGAGAAAAAAAUUUGCAACAGGUUUGGAUUGAGAUUAGUUUUUAAAGUUUGUGUGCAACAAUUUUAAUAAUUUUUACCAUCAGUUGAGCAGACUGUUGCAUUUAAAGUCCCACUCCAAUCACUCCAUUAUGUCCUUUUUAGCCAAAAUGAUAAAACCUGUCAUUUUCUGGGUCAUAGUUUCUGCAGAGCAGCAGUAAUUCUUUAGAAAUUCGCCUCUGGAGUCCCUUCGUUUACAUACUCUCCUGCUAGCUUACAGCCCCUCACAACCGCAAGCUAACAUUAGCAGUGCAACCAAAAUGAUGAGCAAUUAUGGAGCUAUCUAGCUGUACAGUAGUGAUCCUAAUAUCAGUUUGGAUGAGGAAAACAAAGACGUAAUUGGAUCUAUUUGUCUACAAGCGGAUGCAUCAGAAUGGAGCAGAGCAGGAAGCUUGUGGCUUGCCGUAGUAGCUUCUAAGUCUAAGUUCAUUUGUUACUGAUUCACAUCAAAUUGAAUAAAGAAAUACUCAAAAAUGCCGUUUUAGGCUUAAUUUCCUCCAUCAUCAGAAAAAUGCCACAAGAACAUGUUAAAAAAAACACACACUUCAUCAGAGUGGGUCUUUAAUGCAAUUUCAGGGUUCAAUUUAAUCCUCAGCUUUGAGAUUUUCCUACUAAAUAAAUGCUGUGACUUUUCUCAUUUACAAACCUAAAUAAAAAAAAAA